AGGAGCUUGGUGUAAACAUUUUAGUAAUUAAGGAGUUUAUGUAAUUUAAACUUUGGAGUUAAUCUCAGGAAUACAGGACUUUGGUUUAAGUAUAGCGAACAUUUUGUGAGGGACAUUUACACUAUAAAUAUAGAAUGAGUGUUAAGAGUAUAUGCUGUAUAGGGGCGGGAUAUGUGGGCGGUCCUACAUGUAGCGUGAUAGCAUAUAAAUGUCCGGACAUCAAGGUGACAGUGGUUGACCUUAGUAAAGAGAGGAUCUCACAGUGGAAUUCUGAUGUUUUACCUAUAUUUGAGCCUGGUUUAGAUGAUAUAGUAAAGUCAGUGAGGAACAAGAAUUUGUUCUUCUCUACAGAUAUCAACCCGGCCAUCAAUGAUGCUGACUUAAUAUUCAUCUGUGUUAAUACACCUACCAAAAGUUAUGGCCUCGGAAAGGGAAGAGCAGCAGAUCUGAAGUACAUAGAGUCAGCUGCUAGAAUGAUAGCAAAUGUGUCAGCACAGUCUAAAAUUGUUGUAGAGAAAAGUACUGUACCAGUCAAAGCUGCUGAAAGUAUCAGUAAUAUUCUGAGAGCCAAUCAGAAACCUGGAGUCAAAUAUCAGGUUUUGUCCAAUCCAGAAUUUCUGGCUGAGGGGACUGCAGUAAAAGAUCUUCUAAAUCCUGACCGUGUUUUGAUUGGUGGAGAGCAGAAUCAGGAAGGGCAGCAAGCUAUAGCCGCACUAGCUAGUGUGUACAUGCACUGGGUACCUAAAGAUAAUGUCAUCACAAUGAACACAUGGUCAUCAGAACUUUCCAAACUGGCAGCAAAUGCUUUCCUAGCACAGAGAAUCUCCAGUAUAAAUGCUAUGUCAGCAGUAUGUGAGUACACAGGAGCUGAUGUAUCCGAGGUGGCACAUGCCGUCGGUAUGGACUCAAGAAUUGGCAAUAAAUUCCUCAAAGCUAGUGUUGAUCUGCCAGUAGUUGCGAAAGCUAGCAUUGGGUUUGGUGGCAGUUGUUUCCAGAAAGAUGUGUUGAAUCUAGUGUACCUAUGUGAGUGUCUUAAUCUUCCAGAGGUAGCUGUUUACUGGCAACAGGUGAUCAACAUAAACGAAUAUCAGAGAAGGAGAUUCGCCAAUAGAAUAAUAGAAUGUUUGUUUAACACUGUGACCAACAAGAAGAUAGCAAUAUUUGGCUUUGCUUUUAAGAAGGAUACAGGUGAUACCAGAGAGUCAGCUGCCAUAUAUGUAGUGAAAUAUUUACUAGAGGAAGGUGCCCAGAUCAGAAUUUAUGACCCAAAGGUAGAAACUGACCAAGUAUUCAGGGAGUUAACUCAUCCAAGCAUAAGUGACAAUCCAGAGAAAGUGAGAGAUCUUGUGACAGUUUGUGACGACCCAUACAAGGCUGCUGAAGAUACAUAUGCCGUUGUUAUAUGUACAGAGUGGGACGAAUUUAUUCGCUAUGACUACAAGAGACUAUAUGACAACAUGUUAAAACCUGCCUAUGUAUUUGAUGGUCGACUUAUACUGGAUCAUCAAUCGUUAAUGGAUAUUGGCUUCCAUGUAGAAACUAUAGGCAAACGUUUAACUAGGACCAAUGUUCACCGACCAUUUGUAGCUUCCAACUGAUACACACAUAUACCGUCAUAGCACCAUGGGGAUCAAUUUAUUAUUGUUUAAACUUUUCUUGUUUUGAUGAACUUUAUUUAAAGUCUUAUAUUUAUUUUGGCCUUAGGAAUUUUUAUUACAGUAAUUGAGGUUAAACCUGUUGUUAUUUGAUAUUUACUUGAAGCAGUUAUGUAUUGUAUUUGUUUACUGUGAAGGGGUGGUAACUCUGCCAUGCAUUUUCUACCUUGCUUUUAUCAUACUAUCCAGGACUAAGAUAAGUGGAGCAUGCUGCUUCUCAAACAGUUGUUGUUUAUGUUUGUAUAAAAUUACAUUUGUUCAAAUGUGAAAAGGCUGUUUGCUACAUUAUCUGUUAUAAGGCUUCCAUUAGGUUCCAAAAUUUGGAAGUCAGAAACUGCAAAUUGUCUCACAUUGGAAGUCAGAUAAUAUAGGUAAAGAAGGAAAAGGGUUACAUAUUGGAAGUCACAGACAAAAUAAGAAGUAAAUGACUCCCAAACUUCCACUAAUGGAAGCCCUGCUGUUAUAUUGUGUUUAUAUUGUCAUACAGAUACAGUAACCUGGUAAUGACCAAUGUUUAUUACAUGCUUUUCGGUGGUUUAUAGAAAUUUAUCAGUGAAAUAAAAACUGAUAAUUUCACUGUUUUGAAUAUUUGAGCCCGUUACGUUGUUUCAGUGAAAUACAAGCGUUCACAGUACUGGAAACCAACUUAAUGAUGUGACGUCGUAAAUGACGUCGUGUUGUAUUAUUAUUUGGCGCCCUUUUCAUUUAGUACUAGUUUAAAAUGUCUUUUUAAACGUUUCUUUGCAUAUAAUAGAAAGAAAAUUUGUUUAGUUUAAUGUAAGAUCGAAAUAUAUUUCACAUCGUGAACACCAAAAGUUCAUAUUUCACUCGUGACUGCGCCACUCGUGAAAUAUACCUUUUGGUGCUCACUCGGUGAAAUAUAUUCCGAUCUUACAUAGAACUAAACAAAUAUCCUCUAUAUUGUUAUCAUGUCACUUAGAAUACUGAAAAACUUCACACUUCAACAACCUAAGUUUUAUUAUCAUCAUAAACUGCAUAAUUCACAAUUUUGUUAAUAACUGUUGAUUUUAUUACUCAAGUUUCUUGUUUUGAAUAAGAUGGAAAGUUCCAAAAUCAAUACAGCGCAUUAUCUUCCUGACAUAACAGUGUUUAGCUUUAUGUAUAUUUAGAACCAGUAUUUUUCAUUUGAAAUCCAAUUUUGUAAUUUUUUGAUUUUUUGAUGAUAAUCAAAAAUAAUAUUAUUGCAUUUGUUUAUUGUUAGAACUGUAUUAAGUUUGAAUUUUUGUGUUGUUAUGUCCCAUGAAAAAUUUGUAUUACUUCAGGUGUUCUAUCAUUGAUUUAAAUAGGCUUGCUUAUUACAAAAAUGUUUAUUAAUGAAUAAAAAAAAGGACAAAUAAUAAAAAAGGAAAUGAGUUGUCAGUUAAACAGAUGCCAGCUGGAUGUGCAUCUGUACUAACAAAUAGAAAAUAUUGAAAUAUCACACACCCAGUAAAUUUUUGGUACAUUGACUCUGAUUUUUUAAUCCAGGAAAGAAAAUGAUGGUACAUAUAAUUUUCCUAAUUAGUGAACAUUUAAUACUGACAAAAUGUGAUAUAUCUACUAUACUUAAUUGGUUUGUUUUUUACCUGAAGUAUCUCAUAUAUAUACCAUACCAAUCAGGAUAAUUUUCUUACUUCAGACAUUGUUUGUAAGGUUAUGUGUAUUUUAUCUAUAAACUACAGUUUAUUUUAUCAAGUUUUGUUAAAGAGGGUCAAGUGUUUUAAUGCUGGGAAUAUUUUUAUACAUACUUUAGUCAUAUACAGCUUAGUGUUUAUUAUAUAAUUAUUUUACAAGUCAAUCACUUUAAUUCUUUUAUAUGUAUUUGUAAUUGUAUUUUAUUGUACAUAUUUGGGAGAUUUUUGCUGUUUUUGAUUUUACACACCUUUUUGUUUUUAUGUAAUAUUAUGGGAAUAUGAAAGAUAAGGCCAUUUUUCAUCCUCAUUUCAUUUGCAUUCAUGGACAAAAAUCAACUUGUUCAUAAAAGUAAAUCAAAAUAACUAUCAUCUGAAGUAAAGGUUCUCCUUUCUCAUUGUAAAUAAUGAAUAUAUAGCACUGUUCAACAGUACUUUUAUAGCAGUAAUGAUUUGCACCGGAGGUCUUCCAGUAAAACUGAAAGUCGCCAUAUGACCUAUUUUUUCUGUGUUGGUGUGACGUAACUCCCCCACACUUCAAAAAAAAAGAAGAAAAAAAUAGCAAUAAUGAUAGGUUAGAUAUAGAUUAUAAGAAUCUUACACCGGCUGCCGGUACAGACCGGAAUAUGUAGCUCGAGGGUAACUGUUUACAGCAGUUAAGGAGGCUCUGCCGAGGCAUGUAUCAAUGACGUCAUUUAAAGCACGCGACUUGUCUUACAUGGGGGGUGUAAGACAGAGUUUUCCAGCACCGGUGUGAACGGUAGAUAAUCCUGUCUGAGAUGCAAGAAAAGGAUACAGUUAAUGACUUGUUUAGUGGUAUUUAGUAGAAUACAGGGAGGGAAUUAUCAGUGAGAUAUUUUCGUAUUGUUUAUUGUUUAUCAUAUGUUGUGAAGAUCUUUUCCAAUGAAUAAAUCUUGGUUGUACACCAGUAAUAAACUUUGAAGUGUGUUUAGAUAUACUAGAAUUACUGUCAAGUGCAUUGAAACUGAAGGUCAUUGGUCCAAACCCCAGUAAGGUCAUUUCUUUAAUUUCUAUAUUAUUACAGUUAACAUUAAUUAUUAAAAUGUAUCUCUCAAAAUAUUUUUAGAAAGAAAUAAGCGUUUUUGUUUUUUUUGGGUUUUUUUUUUUCAGUGAAUUUCAAUCAAAUGCAUCAUUACAUGAAGUACAUUUUAUGAUUUUUGUCCAAGCAGUCUUACAGAAUGAUUUUGAGAUGUAUGUGAUAAUUAUAUAUAUAUAUGACAGUGUUUUAGAAAUAGCUUUAAUAAAUCAUAUUACAAUUUUAUACAAAUAUUUUACCAUCUAUUAUAUCUGAUGUACUUUAUGUAUAGUAUUUUUAAUUGCUUUGAUUAAAAUAUAAAAGUCCCGUUUUAACUUCAAGUGAACACGUUCUUUAUUAUGUCACUUACAUUUUGAUGUAUCACAUUUUAAUUACAAAUUACAUUUUGUAUAGGUUAAUAAAUGAAUAUUUUAGGGUUUUUUUAUUCAGUUUGAAACAAGGUAAAGGUGCAAAAAUAAAGAUAUAAAAAGUUGUAUUUUAAGAUUGAAAUUUUAUACAUUACAUGUUAAGAGUCAUAGAGUAAUAUAUAACAAAAAAGAUUUUUGAAUUUUUCUGGCAGAGGUAUUGUGUAAUACCUUUUAUGUACUGAUAUUUAUACUGAAACAGUUUAUGAUAAUAUAAAUACUGUUUUUGAUCUAUUUGAAAUAAGUCAUUAAACCUAGUUAUUAGAAUGAUUAUUAUCUAUAAAUUAUAUUCUUUACAAAAAAUGUGAUCUACGCAAUGAUUUUGUCACUAUUAUGUUACUACUACGUAAUAAUUAUGACAUGUGUGUAAUAUUUUAUAUUUCUGAUUUUUUUUAUAUUAUUAAACUUGCAAGAUUCUUGCAUUAAAAUUUGUUUUGUUGUUGAUCUUUAUCAGGUUAACUUAGUACUGAAGAAAGUGUUCAUUCAAAAUUGACAAAAUCUCUACUUAAAACACUUUUAUUUUUAUUUGUCAUUUCAAACUUACUGUUUACAGAAUAUCACUCAUUUUGUUUCAAUCAUUAAAACUAGUAUUUGUAUUCACCUUAUUUUGCAAGACAUUCUUAAAACUUUUUAUUUUAUUGUCAAAUUGUCAAUCAUUUUAUCUUAAUUGUUCCUGGGCAUUCAUAAUGGUGACACGGCCAAUUUAUUCUAUGUGUCAUUAUAAUGCAUAAUGAUGUCAUGGUAAAUGAUUACACACAUGUAAUGAUGACACAUAUGCUAUGACGUCAUGUGUAAUGAUGACUUGUAUGUUAUAUGCCACUUAAUUAAUUUAACAUAGGUAAUAAUGACUCAUGUAUAAUGAUGUCAUACAUAAAUGAUGAUGUGUGUAAUGGUGGCAGGUGUUUUGAUGACAUUAAUCAUGUUAUGAUGAAAUUAUACUGGUAUUGCACCAUCAUCUCCUAUUUAAUAGGUAUAUGUAUAUUGGUGAAAUAAAAUAAGCACUUUCAUGUACAUUAUAAUAGAUAAAUGCCAACAUUAAACAGGAACAUUAAAUCUUGGUUGUGUUGUGUUUAAUUCAAUGACAAAUUAUGUUGUAUAAAUGAUUAAGUUUUGUGAUAAAGCAUGACUGUACACAAUAAUCAUCCAGAGGAUUUCAGAUCCCAUUUGCUGUUAAACUAAUGUAAUGAAAUCUAACUUGUUUUUAUGAGGAGAGAUGUGGCAUCCAAGGUGGCUGUUUGGAUCACGUGUUUAAGUUGUUAAAGUUCUACAUACAUAUUAAUAUGAUUAUGAGAUUUCGGUUAAGAGCAUCAAGCACAUAAUCAGUCAUGUGGUUCCAUGAUAAUGAGCAAUGUUGUUUCUAUUUAUAUAUGUAUAAUAAUCAAGUGAUUUAAUGUCAUAUAUAUUAUGUCUGCACAAUAAGUUUUGUGGUAAACACUGCAAGGUAAACACUGCAAGGUAAACACUGCAAAUUUCGGGGUAUUUUCUACACACUGUAUAAACACUUAUUUCUUAGCUUCUUUUAUCUACAGAUCAUGUAAUUUAAAGACUUAUUUACAUUUUGUGCCAUGUAAAACAUACCAAAAUAAAAGUGACAUGCCCAUCCAAUGUAUAUAGUGAGUGACCAGGUGAAAGUCUAUAUAACUAUAUAAGUAUACAUUUUGCCAUAAUUCCUUUCAUUUUAUGAUUUUACUUCCAUGACUGAUAAAUAACUUGCAUGCCCCAAAGAAAUUUCUGUAAACAUUCAUCGGAAUUUAGCUGUAACAUUCAAUUUUAUAAAGAGUGGGGCAGUCUUGUUAUAUUUUAGGCAGAUUUAUAUUAUAUCCUUAACAUUUUCCAAUAUCAACUUAUGGUCAGUCACCAUUAUUACAAAUAUAUAGUCAAUUAAGCUCAACUUUGCAAUGAAAAACUGAGCAUAAUGCCACCUUAGGAAAUAAUAUGUUCACCAUCAUUAAUGUCUAGAUUUAAACCUUGUUCAUUUUUAGUUUAUUCUGGUAAGACAAUUGUAUUGUUUGGGAAUUAAGUUAUGUACUUUAUACAAGUAAAUAUUGUAUUUGUUAAAUGGUAGGAACUUACUGAUGAUGGUCAUUGUAAGAUAUUUUGGAAUUAAAGUAUACAGAAUGAA